ACACAUUCCAGCCACAGACUUCAGUCAGUACUUGGGGAGCAGCCGGAGGGAGAGGAGGUAUGUGUUAUGUGUGUGGCUCGGUGUGAGUGUUGACCUUAGUAGCCAAGAUGGCCAGCUCGAACAAAGAUGAAUCGCUCCCUAUGGAGCAGCGGAGCAGCCAGAUCAUACAUGUGCGUGCUGACAGUGACAGCGAGCUGGAUGCUCUGUUUGAAGUAGUGCUGAAGCCCUCGAGCCAGGUGCCCCUACAGAAGCCCUUCAGGAUGCGCAAGCUACCCAUAUCUUUCUUCACCCCACCUGCCCACCGCCAGUCCCCUGCCCCCGUGAACCACUCCAGGGAGGGGUCAGCGGACUCUACCUACGGUGGGGAUGGCGUGAGCAACCUGCGAGUGUCAGGCGCCAUGUCCCCCAACACCGCCCCUCAACACUUCCGCCACCACUCUUCGCCAGCCUCCCUGCAACAGACCCUGGCUCAGCAGCAACAGCAGCAGCAGCAGGUCGCUCACCACAAACAACAAAGUUAUGACCUAAGUGACGAAGGUAGUCUUCCCCUGGGCUGGGAGCAGGCAAGGACUCCCCAGGGACAAAUAUACUACCUCAAGGAGAGGGUAGGUAGCAGCCUCCGUGCCCCUGCCCCGUCUUACCCCGCACUGCCCCGCCAUGCUCCACCCUGCCGCCCGACCCCAGUCCCCACCAGCCACAACACACAGUCGACCACGUGGGAGGACCCCCGAAAGUUGCUCAUGAAGCAGAGGCAGCGGCAACAACAGGGCGCUGUCUCCCCUGCGGCACCACCUCCAGGGCCCCCGAACAAUGCUCCUCCCGGCCCUUCUCCAGGCCCUGCGCCGGGAGCUCCCCCAGCCGCUCCCUCUGGGCCUCCUCCCCCACAUUCCGGCACCCAGAACACCAAUUCCCAGGUACCCGUCGAGGUCGUGAACGGCAAUCUGGGGCCCCUGCCGGACAGUUGGGAGCAGGCGGUGACUCCGGAGGGCGAGAUCUACUUCAUCAACCACAACGACAAGUCCACGUCCUGGUUCGAUCCCCGGCUACGUAUGGGAGUGGGACAGGUGCGCCCCAGGAAGCAUGUCUCGCCCGGGGUUGGCCGUGAUAGGUGUGGAGCAGUAGGAGUAGGAGGGGGAGGAAUAGGUGGAGGUGGAGGAGGGCUGCGUCUCCUCCCAAGACCUCGUUCCUUGCCCCACCAUGAAUCUGCGACGCUCACUGAUCCGCGACGUCUGCAAACGGCGGCAGUACUAAAUGGGGGAAAGCCUGCACAGCAGCCUUCCGCCACCUCUCAGGCAGGACAGCAGCAGCAGCAGCAACAACAACAACAACAACAACAGCAACAGCAGCAACCAUCACAGCAGCAGCAGGCACCAUCCCCUCAGGUUAGCCACCAGCUGCCGCCCGUCGGGCCCACCGUUAGCUCCUCCACCGCUGCCCUUCAAGCCAGACAACAAACGCUUCGACUACAGCGUCUCCAAGUGGAACACGAGAGACUGAGGCUUCGUCAGCAGGAGAUCAUCAAGUCUGAACAGUCAUUGCGUUUAAGCCUGCGAGAGGAAGCAGGACCUCUGUCUCAGCCACAGCAACAGCAGCAACAGCAGCAGACAGCACAAACAGUAGCCCAGCAGCCUUCUCAGCAAAAUCAGCAGCAACCACAGCAGCAGCAACAGCAGCAGCAGCAAGGUAGUGAGCUGGUGCUGACUUCUGCUGGCCUCACUUUAUCCUCGGCUCCGCAGACAGUGGCCACUGUAGUAACCUCUGCUGCUGACCCUUUCAUCACUACCACAGACUUCCACUCACGGCAGGAGUCGGCAGAUAGUGGACUUGGCCUCGGGACCAACUACUCUCUUCCUCACACUCCAGAGGACUUCUUGACCUCCAUGGAAGAUGUUGAGAUCACUCCUUCUGAUGCUGAGAUGAAGACAUCACCUGCCAAUAAUAUCCUUGAGGCAUCUGAGCUGGAGUCCAUGGACUCAGAAGACUUGGUGUCAACAAUACAGGGAAUGGGAUUAGGAUGGUGGUGAUGAUGACUUUUAAAUGGCAGUUGUGUGUUCAGGCAUAAAGCUAAACGAUGAGCUGUCUACGGAUUUCCUCAACGACAUGUUGGAGACUUCUAAAAUGGACAGUCUGCACACGUGGCUGUAGAGGAGCAAGGAGCAAAGUUAAAAUGUGAAAAAAUAUUACGUGCUUUAUUAGUGGUGAAAAGAUUAAGAUGCCUGGGGACAGUUAGUAUUAUUACUGGUAGUGUUACAGAUAUCUUUUUCUUCUGAUAAUGUAAAAAAAACAAAACAAAAAACAAAAAAAAAAAGGCUUCAAUUGAGGAAACGCUUUUAUGGGAGGAAUGGCAACUGGAAGGACAAAGCUACGAGUACCCAUGUUCACUACUACUAGUACCUCAUCGGUGGGAUUGUAUACAAAGCUGUAGUCCAGUCUGGAUAUCAGAAACUAUAUGCAAGGAAAUAUGGCAGCUUUACCUUAAAAUGUGCAUCUGUGUAUUUAUGAGUAAUGCAGAAAAAAAGAAAUGAGUCUGGGCUCUCUAUCUAGGAUAUGUUGCUUCCACCUUUGAGGAAAUGAAAUAUACUACUCAUAUGAUUGGGCUGUGUAGGUCAGAUAAACUGCCUGCCAAAUAGAAGACUCAAGUGACUGUUUGAAGCCUUAAAAGAGUGCAAGUGGGGAAAGUUUUGGAGAUGGCUUGUGCAUGACACUGAUCUCGAAUGGCUUCAGUACUGUGAGAAGCAAGCACAGCCUAACUCUUCAUGUGAUGGAAUAGUGCCUAUGGACUACCAAGUUAUAUUCUAUCAAGAGGAGGUUGCUGGCAUUGGAAAUCUCCCAUGGUGUAGGUUAAGUUUGUCUUGUGAAUAUAUUUUCUCUCCUUUUUGUAUUGUGGAUUAUCUUUAUUUUGAACUACAUGGUUCUCUGGGGGCUUGUCCCAUAGCCUCUAAUCUUUCCAUGUGUAAAGUGUUUCACUACAAAUCUUACCGUCCAGUUCUGCCUUAAUUGAUGAAGUAUUGCCAGAAUGACACAUGUUACGAUAUUUAUUAAUAAUUGCUAAUUGCCAUGUAAAUAGUGUUUGAAUUUUGUUAUGGGAACUUACAAUUUUAAUGACAUUCUUAUAACUAUUUAAAAAUGAAAAGGCAUUAAGUAAUGUAAAAUGAAAAGGCAGCUGUCUUAAUAAGGCUGUUAUUUCCUGAAAAUUUUAUAAUACUUCAAUGUUCUUGACAAUGCACUCAGUGCUCCUUUAUAUUUGCAACACACUGGAGCAAUCUGUUGUUUGCAUUUUGCUUAGUUCACCUCUUGUGUUUUGUUGGCUAUUAUGCUCCUUCCAUCUGUGGCUACCCUAGUUCCUGUAGUGUGAUAGUGUGCACCAGACUUUACAUGUGCAGCUGCCUCCCCUUCUCACAAGGUGAUAAGCUGAUACUGUGUACUAUAUUUUACAAGGCUGUAAAUUAAGCUUUCCAAAUGUACAUCAACUUUGAUAUUCAGUUUCAACAAAAUAUUGCAGAUGCAUACAAGUUACUAUUAUUGUUAAAUUAAAUACUUGUUAAUUCUUCAAAGGUUAAAGUUAAAGUGAGUAAGCAGUAACACUAUUGAGAGUUGAGGUUAAAUACUUAGUAAGCAUACUUGAACUGAUAUGUUUAUGUUUCUGUUGAUGAUUUUAUGAGCCAUAACUAUUUUGCUGUGUUGAUGUUGCAUUGGUAAUUGUUAUUGUCUGAUUGGAACCUUUUAAUAUUGAUGAUUGCAUUUCUCAUAUGUAAAACAUGGACGUAGUUAAUGUGUUAAAUAUGUGAAUAAGUGCAUGAAAGUUUUAAAAUAUCACAUUUUAACUUCAAUUAUUAUAAUACACUGAUUUGCUUAUGCAUAUUGUAAGUUUUAACUGUGUUGAAGCUUUAUCAGGAGUUAGCAAGUAUUGAUGGUGCCUUAGAGAAAAUGAGGUGCCUUGUGAAGUGGCUCUGUGUGUGGCAGCUCAUUGAUGGAUGAAUGCAGGAACCAAGGUGAUAGUCUGUCAUGUCUCUGGCUCUAGCUGAUGACACAAAUAAUGUACUUAAGUGAAAUGGUCGAGUAUCCACUUGGCUCGACAGUCUUGGUAGCAUCCCUGACAUGUUACUGAACUUUGAUGUAUUUGACGUGGGUGGUUUUUGUAUCUUUUUUCCCACAGGUUUGGCCGACCUGUGGGCUAGCCAGCAGUAGCUCUUUGGGAAGCUUAUUCCUGAAAAUAAUGGACUGAGGGUAAUGUUCUUACUAUAGGCUGCCUGUUGUAUCCCAUGAGGCACUCUGGUCACACUCAGUAUUUAAGAUCCCACAUCCAUCCACAGUCUGCUCAAGUGAUUUACGGACGUCCCAAGUGCCUUUGUCUGCAGCUGUUUAGUGGCCGUUCACUCUCCCCUGGGUCAGCAGUUGGCCGAGGUCAUGACCCAGGUUGCUAUGAGGUCACUUUGGCAGCUCCCAAGCCACAGGUAAACUUGUGGCUCUAGGUUAAGGUCAUUGCUUAACUGUUAAGGCUGAACAAGCAUCAAGUGUUGACCACACACUUGGUGCUUGUUUUGAUAUAAUUAUCAUUAUUAUUUUAUUAUUUUAUUAUUUUAUUGUUUUAUUAUUAUCAUCAUUAUCAUUACAUUAAUUGCUCCAGUAGACAUGAAUUUUAUUUUAUCAGGAAAUGUAAAUGUCAAUUGUUUUCAUAGUAUGGUGUCUUUUGUGAUAUACAUCUAGCAUGCAGUGUUGUUUUUAGUUUCUUAUAGUGGCCAUAUUUGUUAGUAUUAAAAAUGAAUAGUUAGAAACUCAGCAUCAAAGCUCUUGUUUUCAGUCUUUUUAAUGUGGUGAAGGGUUCCUAGUAUAGAUUAAAAAAAAUAUCACAUCAACCAUAUUAUAUUCAUAUCAAACUUUCGUAGAAGAAUAAUCCAGUGGUAAAGUUUUUUUACUAAUAGAUUUAAGAUGAUGGCCUGCGUGUUGACCUCUUUCUUCUUUAUAUUUUUUUAGUCAACCAAGGGUAUAUCCUUCCCAAUCUUUCUUGCACAAGUUUAUGAAGUUCAGUUGCACUGUUUACCUCUUGAAAACAAUGUACAUGCAGAGGGCCUUGGCUCAAUCUCUUAACAUCAGUGGUCUCUGUACGUUGUUUGCUCUGGAGAACAUGUCUUUCCAUGAUCAUGAUCCUUGAGCUACUGAUUUCAUAAACUAAAACUUGGCAAUCUAGCCUUGCUUCAUGAGGUCCUUUCAUAGUCCAAGAGAUAAUGUUAAAAUGUACAGCAAGUGUAGGACUGGAAUGGAAAGCAACUCAUCUGGGAUGGUGGCAAGCUAAGACGGGAGAAAUCCAAAGGAUUUUGUGAACGGAUCCAGCUGUUCACCUUGUUCUGCUCCAGCACACCGCCAUAUACAUACACACUAGCUGGCAUUUGUUCACUAGAUCUUCACCCCAAGACUGAAUUCUUGCCCCAACCCUCAACUACGGUAUUAGCUUAUGGCUCACAAAUUUUGGCAAAAGUUAGUAAUGUGACAAGAAAGGGGAAGUAGUAUCACUGAUGGAGUCUAAUAGAUGUGCGGUCCACUGUACAAGGAAUGGAUAUAAUCAACAAUUUAUUCAUCAAUAAGGAUUUCCCUUUCUUGUCAUAUUGAUAUGAUAAAUGCCAAUAAGUGCUUUUAUGCAUUGGGAGAGUGGAUUAUCCAGUCUCCCAUGAAAUUAAAUGUAUGCUGAAGCAAUGUAAAUAAAUCUUAUCUCCAAAUGAA